AUGCAAAAUAACGAAUAUUAAGAUUCUUAAAAAUAAUCUAUAAUUAAUGAUCAAAUCGCAUAUUAGAAUACUAAUGUUCUAAAGCCAAUAGAUGUAAAUUUGUAUUGCUCUAAUUAAGAUUAAUAAAUCCCUAAUUAAGAGAUAUCAAAAUAAGGAAUAUAAAUAAAUUAAAUUAAUAAUGAUAAAGAAAACACACCUGACUAGGAGGUUAAAUCUAUAACCUAAAUUAUAGAUGAAAGUAGAGAAUAAAAUGAAAGAGUAACAAAACUAAUUUCUGAUACAUAAUCAACUAUAUAAAGAACAAUGGACUCAGUAAAUAAAACAUUAGAAUCAGUUGCAAAGACAAUGAUUGAUAUAUAAGAAACAAAAGAUAAGAUAGAUAAUUUUUCUUCAAAUUUAGGAAAUAAAAUGGAUUAGUUUAAAAAUAAAAUAAUUGAAAAAUUUGCAAAUGAUGAAUA